AUGGAAGCAAUUCAGUCGUGGGUUUCAAAGCAUAAGCUCGCCACAGUUGGGGGACUGUGGGCCUUUGGAAUUGGAGAAUCACUUGUGGCUUAUUCACGCACAAGGUAUCCAAUGAAGCCAAGUCUUAGGCUUAUCCAUGCUAGAAUACAGGCCCAGACGUUAACACUGGCAGUGCUGUCGGGUGCUGCAGCUUAUCACUACUAUAAGAAUCGUGCUGUUCAGCCGAAACCAUAG